GGCCCGGACGUUUUUCUCCUCCCGUUUGAACAUGGUGCGAACUAAAGCAGACAGCGUCCCAGGCACCUACAGAAAAGUGGUGGCUUCUCGAGCCCCAAGAAAGAUCCUUGGUUCCUCCUCCUCUGCUACUAAUUCUACAUCGCUUUCAUCAAGGAAAGCUGAAAAUAAGUAUGCAGGAGGAAAUCCAGUUUGUGUACGUCCAACUCCCAAGUGGCAGAAAGGAAUUGGAGAAUUCUUUAGGCUGUCCCCUAAAGAUUCUGAAAAGGAGAAUCGGAUUCCUGAAGAGCCAGGAAGCAGUGGCUUAGGAAAAGCAAAGAGAAAAGCAUGUCCUUUGCAACCUGACCACACAGAUGAUGAAAAAGAAUAGAACUUAUUCAUCUUUGAAUAAUGUCUCCUGUUUACUCUGGUAUUUUAGGGUAUAAAUUUGCAUAGAUAUGUUUGUUCAGUAAGCUUUGAUGAGUAGGCAUUUGAUUUAAAAAAUGAGGCUAAAGUUUAUUCAAAAGCAAGUCAUGAAAUUGGAGAAUUUGUAAAAUUACGGUUACUUAGGUUAAUAUUCAAUUUUAAUGCAUUAUGUUAGUUCUUUUACCUGUUAUAAAGCUUCUUCUUCUUGCUAACAUUAAAUCAGUGCAUGAUGUUCCAAUUACUAAUGUCCUGUAUUUGAGAUUUGUUUACAUCUUUGUACUGAUGCCAUUUAUACUGACAUUUGGGCAUUGAAAUUAUGCUAUGUUUUUAUUCCCUUUAUUUGCUUUAAAAAGCAGAGUUAGAG